AUGUCCAAGGUAGACAGGAGAUUGCCCAUUGCUUGUAAGCGAUGUCGGUUGAAGAAACUCAAGUGUGAUGACAGUACUCCGAAAACGUGCCAGAACUGCAAGAAAGCAGCAGUGCCAUGCAUUCUCGUAGACCCGGUCUCGAAACGAGAAUUUGAUAGAGAAUACGUAGAGAAUCUAGGAGAACGCGCCCGGAAUCUGCGAGCCACACUGGGUGAAUCUGCCGACUCGCCCACGGCCAGAUCUAACCCUGCGGCGCAAGUGACGGGUCCAUCUACGUUUCAUGGUGUAGGGAGUGUCAUAAGUGUCGCGAAACUGGUAGAGGCAGCUGUAUCUGCAAGAGCCGCUGCCUCAUGCUUGAUCGACGUGGGACAGGAAGUUGCAGAGGAGCAACAAAUGCUUACGGGCAUUAAGGCUUCCCGGGCGCCGCUGCCUCCAUCAUCAGCCGGACGUGAGCUUGUGGAGUCGUACCUGAGAGGCUUACACGUUCUCCAUCCGGUCCUUAGACGUUCAACCGUGUAUGACGACUUAAAGUCAAUGUACUCGCAAAGCACACCACCAUGCAGCAAAGAGAUCCUCUUCCGCAUGUAUAUGGUGUUUGCGAUCGGGGCUAUUCCGCUUUGGAGGAAGGGAAUACAUUCAGUUGCUCCCAUUGACUACUAUGUCACAGCAAUGGGCUACGCAACCCCAAUCCUAAGCCUGCCAGGAUUCGGCCAAAUCCAGGCCAUCAUGCUCAUUAUUCUGUUUUCCAUUCAGCAUGAUAUUGGCAUGGGCAACAAGUGGGAUUUGACCCGCAUGGCCAUGCGAAUUUGCAUCGAAAACGACUACCAUCUCAAGGCCAGGGGACGCUUUGACCUUCUGGAGGAGCAGAUGCGCCGAAGGCUUUUCUGGGCUUGUUACAUCAGUGACCGGCAUAUAGCAUCUCUCACCGGGCGACCGGUGGCAAUCGAGGACAGGGAUAUUGAUAUCGAGCUCCCCAUUGACGCAGAUGACGACCUAAUUGAAUCUGGAACUACGAGCGAACAGCAUGCGAGGGGAUACUCAGAGGUAUCAUUCCAGCUGCGCCAAAUCGGCCUCCGCAAAAUCACAUCUCGAAUACGAACCCAGCUCUACCGCGCUCCCAGCAGCUCGCUAGCGACUGUACCGGGUUCGACGAACGUGUAUGAAACUGUGGAGUGGAGGGACCUCAACUACUUCCGUGAGCGCCUGAGUGUCUUCCGAUGCCUUGUAAUGCAAUUUCGGGCAUCCCCAGAGCGCCAUAGCGCAGGAACACACAAUACAGACAAAUGCCUCCAGGCAGCGACAGGAGUGAUACAAUCGUACAAGAGCCUUCACGCGAGCGAAAAGCUGGUAUUGAACUGGACGUGCGUGCAUGAUGUCAUGUCAGCAAGUUUUACGGCCUUGUACUGCGGCCUUGCAAUCUACGACUCAUCUGGCGAGGAGCGACAGUCAUGGGAAGAACACCGAAAUACAAUGCUGCUCGCAUGCUCGGGAUGCAUUGAGAUCCUCUCUUUGAUAGCAGAGACAUGGACGACAGUCAAGAAGCAUCUUGAGAUCUUCAAGGCACUGAGCACAAAGAUCUCUGACAUAGUGCAGGCCGCACAAACUACGGUUGAACCGCCGAGUCAGUCUAUCACCUUACCGUCUCUAUCCGGCGACCAGUGGGAAAUACCCGGAAGCAGCAAUGAUUGCCCAAACCAGCCAAAUGAUUUGCUAAAUUUGUCUGACAGCAUUGACUGGAGCAAGGUCAAUUGGGAAGCCAUUAUGAAUUGUGAAGAGCCUAUGCUUGAUAUUAACGACAUAUACUAUCAAGAUUUAUAG